AACUGGGCGGAAAAAAUUGUAGCCAUGGGUGCAGACGGUGCAGCUGUCAAAUCUGGGACACAGAGGUGGAGUGAUAGCCCUCCUUCAAGCAGAGAUUGGGUCCUUCAUUGUCCCAUUCCACUGCAUGCCACACAGAUUGGAGCUAGGGAUGUUGAGGGUGCAAAGAGAGGUCUCCAUGAUUGGGCAGGUGUAUGACCUGUUGCACCUCAUCUGGAAAACAUACCACCUAACCCCUAAAUCAAUGAGGGAACUCAAAGCACUUGGAGCUGAACAGUCACAGUGAAUGCACCGAGUGGAGUGAAAGGGACCAGGUGGCUGCCCCAUGUGUCCCGGAGUUUGAGGACCUUCCUAAAACCAGGGAAGGAUGGUAAUUCCUCUGGCCAGUUUACAGCCGUGUAUGUGCACAUGGAGCAUCUGGCAGGUGCCUCGGCCAGUGCAGAUAGCUGGCAGAGCAAAGAAGGUCAAAGUCAGCAUGGAGGAUGGGACAUGUGGCAUUUUGCCACUUCCUGUCAGACCUUUUCUCUUCCAUCAGCAACUUCAGCCUGCAGCUUCAGAAAAACAAUGUAAUCCUACCUCAGGUAAAGAAGAGAGAAAAAGGAGGCCAGGGGAUUACUUUUAUAUUCCCCUUAACAUGUUGCUUAUAUUAAGAAUAAAACUGACUUCCCAGGCUGUUAGUGGCAUCGAAUCUCUCUUGGCUACCAUAGAAGCCAUGGCAGCUAGCCCCAAACCUGAUGGUAAGCUGUCUGAGUUCCUUGCAGCCAUGAAGAAGCAGCGCCAACAGAGAGGAGGAGAACCUGGGGCUGGGACGUUCAAGUAUCAGGAUGUCACGCUUUCUAAAGGUGAAGCUGCAGAGCUGGCAGAAGGUCAACCAAUCAGCCAGCGUGCUCCCAGACUGCAAAGAGCCAUUGUGCUGACCUGUGAGUCCACGGUGAAACACCUGAAGAAUAGAUUUAGCAGCCUACUUGAAGAGAACACAAAGGAUGCACCAACAGCCAAGGCAGUGAAGUGUUUCAAUGUCUUCAGCCAUGACUCUUGGGCAGAUAAUAGGCUGGAGCUCCUGAACCAUGGUGUGGAAGAGGUGAACUUUCUCCUACGACACUUCUCCACUGUCCUGGACAGGAAUGGCUGCAGCAAAGAAAAGGCCAAAGAGGAGUUCCAACUAAUGAAAAUGACGAUAAACACAUCAUUCAAGGACAAAAGCUAUCUUGGACUGUGGCAAGUCAUGACGACAAAAGAGCCCUACUGCUCAGACUUUGCGAAUAUCCUACACCUGGUCAAAAUCAUGCUGGUGCUCCCAAUCUCUUCAGCAGUCUGUGAAAGAGGCUUCUCGUCAGUAAACAGAAUCAAGUCAGAUGUUAGAUCAAGCCUGCAUACUGAAACUGUUGAGGACCUAAUCCGUAUUAGUGUUGAGGGGCCACAACUGGAGGACUAUGAUGCCAGGCAGGAUGUUAAGCAGUGGUUCUCCCAGGAUAAGAGGAGCAGGAGGCCUAACUAUAUGAGCUGGUCCCUAGAAUGAGAUGAAUUGCAGGGAAGAAAUUAAUGCUGCUUAGUUCAAGUUCAGUUUGAAUUAAUUAGCUUUAAGUUUAUAAGUUAUUUAUUACGUAGUUUUUAAGUUACCAGUAAGUUCGAUGUUCAGAAUGUUAUGUUCAAUAUACGUUUAAUAACGUGGAACAGUAUUUUUGUACUGCGGCUCAUGCAGAGAAACUUGAAUUCAGAUUAAAAUAUUUUGCAAAUAUCAAGUUUGGGUCAUUGUCAAUCUUUAACUUUCAUCAACAUAACAUAUUAAUAACACGCUAUCCAAAGAAAAAUAUGGCGCUACCUAAUUUGUUUUGGUGCUACUAAAUGAAAAGCUAGGUGGCACCAGUGUUACCUGUGAAAAAGUUAGUCUGGAGCCCUGCACCAGCACCAACAGCAGUUCCAGCACCAGCAACAGAAGACCCAUCACCAGCUCCAGGUCCAUCAUCAGCAUCAGCAACAGAGGCCCUGGGCCACUCUGUCAUUCCAAAAGGACUUGUGGAGCGCUGCUCCUUCCAAAGCCCCCAGAAGUUCAUAAAUGAUCUCCUACAUGGGAUGUAUACCAGGGAAUAUAUGGCAGGCCAGUCAUCCAGCAGCUGCACAGAAGGAAAACCUGGCCUAGCCAAACAGGACCUUGUAGAAAUAACAAAUGCUGCAAAGUUGAAGUUCACCUACGUAACUGAUACGAACAUAAAAGCAUUUAUACGACAAAAGCUGAACAAUGCUGCCAAAUUUCAGGAACAAUAAA